AAAUUAUUUUAACAAACUUUAUGAAAAACGAUGAAAGAUUGAAAGGGUUGUAAGUUGUAACAUGUAGAUUUUUUAACUUCCUUAAUCCAAAGUCUAAAACCCUGAACCCUUCAAAACACCUAAUCUCUCUUCUUCUCUUUCUCUCCACUCCAACGCCUGCAACAAGUAGGCAGUUCUCUCUUCUUUCUCAAACACCCAUGUCUUCCUUCUAAGUAACUUCUCCGAUGCUAUACUCUUCACUCUCUAAUUAAAGUUACAAUCUUUAUUCUCAAUUAAUUUAGUGUAAUGGUGUUAAACCGACUUCAUUUGAGUUUAAUGGCUUCUUCUUCUAAUCCUGCUUCCUCCAUUUUAGGACCCUCUUUCUUGACUAAGACACGAUAUAGCACAUUACAGAGUUAUGCAGCCACCUAUUUCCCAUGCACAUCUGUGAGUGGUUGUCUUGUACAUACAAAAGGAUCAUUGAUACAGUUUAAAAAGGUUAGAGGAGCCUGUAAGAUGAUGGCUCAGCAGUCAAGAUCUAUCAGGUGUGACUUAGGGUCUAAUAGUAUCAGAGAACUUGUUGAUGAAUCAAGGAAGGGAAGUAUCAUUUGUUCUCUGUCAUUACUUGGUUUUGCAAGUCAUCCUUUGCCUUCUACUUCAAGAUUUAGGAUUUCAAGUAAGAGCAUAAGACCUACAUAUGUUGCUUUUGCUAAGAAGAUGCUCUCCACAAAGGCAAUGCCAAAAUCAGGUCUUGGUGAUACAAGUACAUGUGAGUCCACGUGUGUAAAGGAUGGAAAAAGUAGUAGGAACAUACCAAAACCCAUUGUUUCCGAUAAACAACGAAGGCGGGUAAAAACAUUUGCGUCUCAUGGGAGUACUGAAGGUGAUUCACUGAAAACUUUUCCUAGCCAGAUGGUUAGGAAGAAUUUUCCUGAUCGCCGAGUAUCUGCCAGUAAAAAUGUCAACUCUGUAAAUUCAACUGAAGUGCUGGCAAGAGAAGGGCUAAAGGAAGCAGACUCUGUACAGCCUCUCUCUGCUCCAAGUUCUGUUGACAGUAAAGCAGAGCCAAAGAGUGAAACAAAAUCAAAGCAAAGAUCACGAAGCAAGAAGAAAAAAGAUGAGCCAUCUGAUACACUGUCUUCUCCUGAUGCUGUUCCCUCAAAAGGUUCUAGAAGAGCUAAAAGACCGAAUGGUCUGUCAACUGCUGAGAAUAGCUCAUCUAUUAGUAUACCUAAGGAAGAGGUUGACCUUUCCGAAUCACCUCAAGCUGUGCCUAAGAAAAAAGUCUCGAAGCCUAGGAAGAAGGGAAAAUCUCCGAAACAAGUGAACGUAGAGGAAAAAAUCAAUGGUGCUUUACAGGAACCUGUGAAGGUGGUGGAGGAGGAGCCUUCUACCCCCAAGGCACCACAGAAACCAAAACCACCAACUGUUAAUGGUAUCAAGUCUAUUAAGUUAAAGCCAUUGUACCCUCCUGCAGGAAAAUCUGUUUUGGUCGUGGAGUCCCUCACUAAGGCUAAGGUUAUUCAGCAUUACCUUGGUGACAUGUACGAAGUUAUCCCAAGUUAUGGCCAUGUAAGGGACUUGGCUGCUAGGUCAGGGUCUGUACGUCCCGAUGAUGACUUCAGUAUGGUGUGGGAGGUUCCAUCCUCUGCUUGGACUCAUCUCAAGAGUAUGAAAGUUGCAAUCAGUGGAGCAGAUAAUCUUAUUCUUGCAUCAGAUCCUGAUCGAGAAGGAGAGGCGAUUGCUUGGCAUAUUAUUGAGAUGUUGCAGCAACAGAAUGCGUUACGUGAUAAUAUAACUAUUGCCAGGGUUGUCUUUCAAGAAGUAACAGAAUCUGCAAUAAAAAGUGCUUUACAAAGUCCAAGAGAUAUUGAUGUUAACUUGGUCCAUGCUUAUCUUGCUCGCCGUGCACUCGAUUAUUUGAUUGGAUUCAACAUUUCCCCACUUUUAUGGAGAAAGCUACCUGGUUGUCAGUCUGCUGGACGAGUACAAUCAGCUGCUCUUUCUCUUAUAUGCGAUAGAGAAAUAGAAAUUGAGGAAUUUAAAGCACAGGAAUAUUGGAGUGUAGAAGCCACCUUCAAUGCUUUAAAUGUGGCAUCAAACAAGUCUUCUCUUAAGUCAUAUUUGACUCAUUUUGAUUCAAAAAGGUUGAAUCAGUUUUCAAUUGGUUCAGAGACCGAGGCAAAGGUUAUUGAGCAGGUUGUGAGCUCGUCGAAUUUUAAGGUCACUGCUGCUAAGAAAACCAAAGUAAACAAAAACCCUCCCACUCCCUAUAUAACAUCGACCCUUCAGCAAGAUGCUGCAAAUAAGUUAAGUUUUUCUGCUUCCUAUACAAUGAAGCUGGCACAGAAGUUGUAUGAGGGAAUUCAGUUUGCAGAUGGCAAGGCAGCUGGGUUGAUAACAUACAUGAGGACUGAUGGUUUACAUAUAUCUGAUGAAGCUGUAAAGGAAAUAUGUUCCUUAAUUGGAGAACGUUAUGGUUCGAAGUUUGCUGCAAGUAGUCCACGCAAAUUUUUUAAAAAGGUGAAGAAUGCCCAAGAAGCACAUGAAGCCAUUAGACCCACAGAUAUACGAAGAUUACCAUCAAUGCUUGUUGGAGCUCUUGAUGAAGAUUCCCUAAAGUUGUACACUUUGAUCUGGGCUCGUACAAUGGCCUGCCAAAUGGAAGCUGCAAGAGUUGAUCAGAUACAGCUUGAUAUUGGUAAUAGUGAUGGGUCCAUUUCCUUUCGAGCUGCUUGUACUGCAGUUGAGUUUCCUGGGUUCAGGUCAGUUUAUGAAGAUAAGGAGACUCGGGCUAUAAGAGACAUUGACAAUGAACCCUCUGAUCGUGUUGAAAUUUACAAGAUCCUCAGUAAUCUUAAACAAGGGGAUCCUUUGUGUCUUGGAAAUUUGGAAACAAGACAACACCAUACUCAGCCUCCACCUCGCUACUCUGAGGCAUCAUUGGUGAAGAAGAUGGAGGAGCUUGGAAUUGGAAGACCUUCAACAUAUGCAAGCAUACUUAGAGUUUUACAAGAUAGAAAAUAUGUAACAGCAAAAAGCCGAGUGCUAACCCCUGAAUUCCGUGGUCGUAUGGUCUCAGCCUUUCUCUCUCAUUAUUUUAAUGAGGUGACAGAUUAUAGCUUUACCGCUGACAUGGAAACUGAGCUUGACAAUGUUUCUGCUGGAUCGACUGAAUGGAAAGGGCUUCUUAAGGAUUAUUGGGGUAGGUUCAGUACUUACUGUGAGCGUGCUGGCAAAGUUCACAUCCAUCAGGUGGAGAAGAUGCUAGAGAGAACUUAUGAUAACUUCCUUUUCUCCUCGCUUCCCGAAGAAAGUCGAUCAUGUCCUAGUUGUAUGGAGGGUACUCUGAUCUUCAAAGUUAGCAGAUAUGGUGCAGGCUAUUUUAUAGGUUGUGAUCAACACCCCAAAUGCAAGUUUAUAGCGAAGACUUUGUACGGGGAAGAAGAUGAAGAUGAUGCUCCUCAGAACAACUUGGCAGUUGAAGAGCCAAAGUUGCUGGGUCUUCAUCCUGUUUCUGGUGAGAAGGUCCUUUUGAAGGGAGGCCCUUAUGGGUCUUAUGUGCAGCUUGGUGAAGACAGAAAAGGAUAUCUACCCAAACGAGCAUCUGCAUCUCAGAUCAAGGAUUUGGGCUCAAUAACACUGGAACAUGCUAUCGAUUUGCUUCGUUACCCUGUUACACUGGGAAAUCAUCCUGUAGAUGGCCUGCCAAUACAAAUAAAGAUCUCAAAAACAGGGUUUACCAUAAGGCAUCGACGUAACAUAGCUCCUGUGCCAAAGAGUGUGAUCGCUAAUGAUAUUGAUAUGGAGAAAGCUUUGCUGUUACUUAAUGGACCGGAUGUUAAAAGAUCUGGUCGACCAAAGGGUAAAAAGCGCUUGGAAGAAGAAGAAGCUGUCGAUGACAUUUAGGAUGUUGCCUGAGGUAACAUGCUACUACUAUACAGACAGACUUUCUAAAAGCUUGUUACUUUUUGAACAAGUAUUCAGCUUUCAGGCAAUUCAGCAGCGAUCAUCAGUUUCGAAGAACUGAUACACUUACAUAACAGCCUGGAUAUAGCGCGUUGAGCUGCCUAGUAGUAAGAUGUACAAUUGAAGCAGCAUUGCGAGGGUCUAUAAUCAUGUGCUAUGUUGAGAAAAUUAGUGUUAGAUGGUUCCGAUUCUUUUAAUCAUCAUUAGCCGCCGGUCCCUAUUUUUGGCUUACGGGCAUGUUUUAAUUGUUUGUCCAUAGAUUUAGUCUAUAAAGUAGACUGUAUCUUUAGGGUUAUAAUCGAAAGAAGUUCCAAUUUCUUGAUAAAUUAAUAAAUAUAGUUGUUCUUUCUUUCUUUUAAUUAAUAUAUGCUUUUACGAGUAAUUUUUUUUACAUACAAAUAUGUAAUAAGAUCAAUUUAAAAUUUAGUGUAAUCCUCUUGUUUUACA